AUGUCGCAAGAGAUUCAAGAGGUGUUUACCGAAACUUCACUCCUUAAGUUCGGCCCACCAACACCUAGUCAUCCAUUUGGAGUUGAACUAUGGCCAUUUUUCAACAAGGCUUUUGAAUUUGUUGUUGGUUACCCUGCCGAACAGUUCAAAUUUGUUCCAAAUGUUACAUUUAUGGCAUCUCCCAAGGAAGCCAUCUUGACGAUUAUUGCCUAUUACAUCGUCAUUUUUGGUGGACAGGCGAUCCUGCGUGCCGUUAAUGCUAAACCCGUGCAUCUCAGUUUCAUCUUCCAGGUGCAUAACAUGAUUCUUACUAUUGCUUCGUUGGUUUUGCUUCUUCUAAUGGUUGAGCAAGUCUUUCCUCUAAUUUACUACCACGGACUUUUCUACGCUAUUUGCUCCAAGGAGGCAUUCACACCUAAACUUAUCACCUUGUACUACUUGAACUAUCUUGUCAAAUUCUACGAGUUGUUGGAUACCAUCUAUUUGGUGCUCAGAAGAAAGCCUUUGAAGUUCCUCCACACUUAUCAUCACGGUGCAACUGCUUUGCUUUGCUACACUCAAAUUAUUGGCCACACGUCUGUUGAGUGGGUUGUCAUUACUCUGAACUUGUUUGUUCACGUGCUGAUGUACUUUUACUACUAUCUCUCAUCAUUGGGAAUUCAUGUUUGGUGGAAACAGUGGGUCACAAGAGUCCAGAUCAUCCAAUUCUUGAUUGAUUUGGUCUUUGUCUAUUUCGCAACAUAUACCUACUAUGCCAACCGUUUCUUCAACGACUAUCUUCCAAAUAUGGGUACCUGCUACGGAACUCAGGAUGCUGCCGCCUAUGGAUACCUCAUUUUGUCUUCUUAUUUGCUUCUUUUCAUCUCUUUCUAUAUCAAUGCCUAUAAGAAGCCUAAGAAGGCCACCAAGAGCACUCCAAAGAAGGUUGAUGUUGAUGAAAAGCCUGCCGCUAGAAAGGUUUCUAAGUCUAGAAAGGCCUGA